GGGACGGGCGGCGCGGGGAGGCGGCACCGCUCUCCCACCUGCCCACCCCCGGCGGCGGCGAGGUUAGCGAUGAGGCGGCCGCGGGGAGCGGCCGGAGGAGUUUGUCCGCUCCCCGUCUCCCCGAUGCUCUGAGCCGGAGCCGCCUCCUCCCUCCGGGCUCGCGCCCGGGCUGGAUGCUCCGCUCGCUCCUCGCUCCGCGACCGCCGCCCGACUCCCGCGAGCCAUGGAGCCGCCCGCAGCCGCCCUGGACAGCACCCCGGACCCCGCCAUCGUGCAGCCCCCCGGGAGCAGCCCGCCCGCGCCUCCCCGGGAGCAGCAGCAACAGCAGGAGCAGCUGCGGAUCGGGGAGAGCGGGCAGUUCGGCGAGGGGCCGGAGGACAGAGGUUUACUAGAAAGCAGUACAAGGCUAAAACCUCAUGAAGCUCAAAGCUACAGAAAGAAGGCAUUGUGGGUUUCCUGGGUCUCCAUUAUUGUCACACUGGCUCUUGCAGUGGCUGCUUUCACUGUCUCCGUAAUGAGAUACAGUGCAUCAUCAUUUGGAUUUGCUUUUGAUGCUACCCUGGAUGUUUUGUCAUCAGCGAUAGUUUUGUGGCGUUACAGCAACGCAGCUGCUGUACAUUCUGCACACAGGGAGUACAUAGCCUGUGUUAUCUUGGGUGUCAUAUUCCUCCUAUCAUCUAUAUGUAUUGUGAUCAAAGCUAUCCACGAUCUUGCAAAGAAGGUUCUUCCAGAAGUGGAUGACUUUCUGUAUAGUGUCUCCGUUUUAAGUGGCAUCCUCUGCACUGUUUUGGCAGUAAUCAAGUUUAUGCUGGGCAAGGUCCUUACAAGCAGAGCACUGAUAACUGAUGGCUUCAACUCUCUUGUAGGUGGAAUAAUGGGAUUUUCCAUCCUUCUUAGUGCAGAAGUCUUUAAACACAAUUCUUCUGUCUGGUAUCUGGAUGGCAGUAUAGGAGUUUUAAUUGGACUUACAAUAUUUGCCUAUGGAAUCAAGUUGCUUAUUGAUAUGGUGCCCCGUGUACGGCAAACGCGCCACUAUGAAAUGUUUGAGUGAAGAUCACACAGCUCUUCUUUGUAAGGACUCUAAAACUACAGCAGUUUUGGCAAGUGGUGCCAAUGGUAUUUUAUUAAAUAUGCCGUUUGUUUCCCGUGGUUAGUUUUUGUUAAAGUUUGUUUUAAUGGGAAAUCUCUCUGUAAAAUUGGCAUAUGUGCACACUGCUUGCAAUUCAGUGAAACAGCAGCAUUUUUCUUUCAGAUAUGCUAUUGAUUCCUGUGAUGAUAGAAAACUUGCAGUUUGCAGUUUUAACCCAGCUGCCACAUUGUAUAUUCUGGAGUGAAAGUGUUCUUAAUGAUGUGAUAAACCUGUGGGUAAAGAAGUGCCAGUUUCAGAUCUUGUUUUUUUGCCCUGGCCUGUAUUUUCCUAAACACAUGCUGUAACAGAAGUGCAAUCCUUGCUAACCUCUUUGGCUAACGGAAUAUCCUGUUAUAAAGACAGACUCCAAGAGCUGUGUUGCUUUGAAACACUUACCUGGGAUCUCCCUUCAACCCUUUUUAAAUAGGCCCACUGAAAGAGUGGUUUCAAACCUUUUUGGGAUCAGAGCGGUUCUUCAUUUUAGCCCUAACCUGAGUGAAACAAUACCUCUUCAACUUAAAUUCUAUUUUUUCUUAAGAAGACACUGUUGAUUGCUUUGCAUGGACCAAACUAGCACACACAGUAUUACUGUACAGACCAAAGCCAAGAAGUCUUGCAAGGAAGAGAAGUUGCUUGAGGAAUGGGACUUUUUAUUCUAUUAUACUUUACACAGACAUGUCGGUGUGUGUGACUGUGGUUGCUCUGUAGUCUGAUGAUGGCACAGCAGUGGCUCAACUGGGUGGUGAGAUAGAGAUCUAUUUAUUAGAUUUAGAUUGUUCUGUAAAGUGUUGCUCACCUUCCAUCGCACAUCUUAUGUAUUACUUACUAGCAGGUUAAAUUAUCAAAGAAACUUGAUGUAUAAACAAUAAAACUGGUAUCUAUUUUAUACAAUACCGUAAGUAACAUUUAAAAACUAUUUCCAGAAUGUACCAUAGAGCAAAGUCUUCCUGUAUAGCAGCCAAUUAAACUGGAUUCUCUGGCUAUAUCCAUUUUCUCUUUAUUUUAUAUAUUUCAGGUUGGCUUUCACAACACAGAGCCAGUAUAUUGCUUCUGUUUAUCACAGGUGGAUUAAAAAUAGCAGACAGUCCACCACAGUGGUUGAAAUUGGAUUGUGGUAAGUAGCCAAGUAGCUAGAAAUCCCCAUUUUUAGCUCCUCUACAAUAGAUUAUGUAAAUGAGAGUAGAUCUAUAAUGAGACUGUUCAGUGACUGAUGUACACUGUUUACAUAGUUUACUGAUGCACUGUGUUAUCUACAACCAUAUUUCCCUUCAAAUGUCACAGAGCAAGUUCUCAGCCAGGUUCCCCAGGGUCCUUAUUAAAGGCAAGCUCCCAGUGAUGCGUGUAGGAAGAGACACCAAAAGGUGUCACCGAGCUGACAGUGUCAGUGUGAGGUGCACAGCACUGGCACGAUGGCACUUGCUGUCUCUUGAAACAGAACAGAAAAGUCUUUACUGCAAAAUGAAUUCUGUUCUGCUUCUAUAGUUGGCAUAUUUUGGAUUAAGUUUAUAUAAUUGUUUGUAUACAAGCUCCUUAAUAUUGUUACUAUCAGUGUCCUGGUGCUACUUGAGCCUUUGCUGGCGCCGGAUGAUGACACACCAUCACACGUCACUCAGCGUAAGAUGGAAGCACAGCACUCGACAAGACAAAGGAGGUACUUUAUGAGUUUAUUCAGCAGAAGGAUGUAUUGUACAGGAAUCGUCCCUGUCCUCAUUAGGUGGACUUCUAAAUAUCACGUACUGCCCCCAAAUACUUUCUUCAUGCACAAGUUCCUAAUUCCUUAUGCUUUUGCUUAGUCUUGAUAUUUUCCCAUUCUGUUUCUUUUCUAACUCCAAGUCCACUGAAGAGAGCCAUGGAAAAGGCAUCUCCCUGCUGAUUAACUCAGUUUUGUCAAGCAUCGUCAGUACCAGAAUCAUAGAACCAGACCCUGAACAUAGCUAUUUUAUGUAUUUCUUAUUUUUUGCUGGUUUUACUAGUACUGUUUACCCUUUUCCACCUCUCCAGGGAUUCUGUUGCUUCUCUAGUCCCAGUGUCAGUCAUUAAGUGACACUUAGGAACUGCCCAAAGCACUGCUCCGCAAGGCUAUGCGCUACAGCAGCCAGGUUCUAGCACAGACCCCAGCACCCAGAAGAGCAACAAGAAGGUAAAACGGGUUGUGGUGAGACACCUAACUGCAGUGAGCUUGGUGGCAGAGAACUCCUACUUCAUGGAGGGAACAUAGGACAUUAAACCAGCUCACAUUUUAAAGAAGCCUGUUAAAAUACUGAGUGCGGUGUGUGCACAGGGACCUUUGAAUGUGUUCAUCCAUGAAGCAAAGCUGAGGGAAUAUUCCUUCCUAAGAGGAUGGUUGUAAGUGCAGACUCCAGCUGCACAGCCCUUGAAAAUGAGAUGUGGUUGAACAAGCUCAUACUUCUCUUAUCACAGUAACAUAAACCAAAUGCAGAAGUAUUUCAGUUGCCAUGGAUGCUUCAAAACACUUCUGGUAUUAGCAGAUUAACACAAGAAAAUAAGUAAAAUACUUGAGACUUCAAAGGCAAAAGACCAGGCAAUAGUGAUACACAGAAAUGAGCACAAAUCCAUACUGCCAUACUUUUUAUGGCUCAUUACAAUUGAAAUGAAAAUAAAUGCUCAUCCAGUUUACCAGGAUGCUCUGCUCCAGCCAGGCACCCUCGAAGGUAAAAUUUUCAAUAGUAGCUUUCUCUGUUACUUGUCUGGGCCAGCUGCUCUGUAAUUAUGAGAUAACAAGCAGGUUCCAGCCACACUCACUGAAGGUUGAAUUUCCAACAGCAGGGGUAGCCUGGGAGCACUUGGAUCACCUUAACCUUGGUACUGCCCAACACAGCAUUGGUGACUGCAAGCUUGUCAAACUGACAGAUGCUCUCUGUUGUGCAGAGGGCAUAGAGAAUGAAGUUCAUACAUGAAAACAGCACAGAGUGCAAACUGAUACUUACUAAAGCAUGUCAGAGUUGCAAAUUAAUCCCUGAAAAUGUCAGUGAAUCUGAGCUGAGGCUUUGAAUUUGUCCAUGUAGUACAGCAGAGAAGGAAGCUAUCAAAACCCCACACCAUGCCUUGCACGUGCCAGGUGGGCUUGAGGUGUAUUUUGAAUACCUUCAUUGUUAGGCAGUGGAAAUUGAUUCUGGCUGAAAGCCAGGUUUUUGAGCCCAGAAAUCACCAAAUUAGAACCCCUUGUCAAUUCAGUCCACUUCUAGCCUUGUAGGUAAGCUAUAAAUAACCAGCAUUCAACCACCAUCUGAAAAUGAUGUUGCAGAACUGGACUUGAAGCAAAGACCGCAGACAGGCACUUCCUCAGACAACGUCAAAUUAAGCUCUCAGUAUGCACCCUUCUGAGCUCUCCUCACUAAUAAUGAUAACACCAUUUGCAUUUCUGCAAUCUCAGGUGCCUGGGAGCACAUAGACAUUUCUGGGAGCCAGAGAGGUAAGGAAGCAUUGAAGCUACUGACCAAACGCUAUCCCUGAAUACACUGAUCUGUGUGAAUACCUCAUCCUGGACUUGCAAGUGUUUCACUGUGCUCACAGCACUUUUAAUUUCUCAGCACUGCUCAUCAGGCAUCAGAACUGAGACAGGAGGGGCACAAACCCACAUUCCUGUGGGUCCAGGUUAUGCAAUUGGAGAGUAAUUAAAUCAAACACCAGCCAAUCAAGGGAUCUGUCCUGCUUCUCCCACACCUGGGAGCAGGAUGCUUUCCUGCUCCUGUCAGCCCCAGGAUGAGCCUGUGGGGAGGCAGUGAGCAGUUCCUGCAUGUUACCUGUUCCACGCUAUCAGCUGCAUGCUGGGGUUGGCUCAGCUGCUCCUCAGGCAGAGGUUGGGCACAGAAUCAGGGUGGCACUGUGUGGGCAGCCAGGAGCGACGCAGGCAUCAGCAAGAACAUCAGCUGGAGGGCUGAAAGUGCAUUUGAUAAAAAGCCUUUGUAGAGGAGUUUGUUUUGCAAGUAGUUGUGUAUUCUGUAUGCAGUGUGCAGCAGUGCCCGCAAUCUUCUUUUGGGCUGAAAAUUAUUAGGAAAUAUGUCUAACUAUUGGAGAGAACAAGUUGCCCUCCUGAAAUGAAUCUUGAUUUUAUCUGUCUUUAAAUCCAAUUUAGAUUUCAAACAAAACAAAACAAAGAUAACAGUAUCCUUUCUUACCACUGGGAUGUGGGCCGUGGGACUGCUUCUGCUGCGUGGGCAGCUGUGGGCUGCAGAAUUGUCACACAGAUGCAACUCUGGAUCCGUGGCAGCUCACAGAUUUGCCAUUUAUGCACAAAACAAUCAUAGAUCCAAAUCACACAAGAAAAAGGUUUAUUGAAAAAUAAAGUUCUCCCUAGUUUUUUUCUACAACAGUGAAAACAAAGCAUUUUUCUAUGCCAUUAAAGUACAGACAUUUACGUUUCUAAAAAAAAUAAAAUAAUCAUCUUAUCCUAUUGAACCCCAGUAACUUGACAGUAUCUGAAUCACUGUGUUCUCAUCUUUCCGAAUCAAACUGUUUGAAUGCAAUAUAGUGGAACACAACUAUUCAAAUAAAGACUUUAGGAGAGAAUUCCAACUGAACACACACAGUAACCAGCCUGAUCCUGAAGUUCUUACAAAACUCAUAAAAACUCCAAUUCCAAAUUAUUUUCUGCAAAAAGCAGCCUUUGUUUUUACAGAUUUCAGUAGGUUUUUGUUUAAUUUCUCCCCUUACAGUGCUACAGGGAUUACUCAAUUUUCUA